AUGGGUCCAUCAUAUGUUUCUUUACCUCGAUCGUCUCAGAAUUUGUCUGAAGAAUUUGCUGAGGCUGCACGACAGCUUAAAAAAGAAGCUCCAAGAAUCCAGUUUGGCAAAAUUGAUGUCACAUACCAACCUGAUUUGAGAAAAGAAUUUAAUAUUCAUGAGUUUCCUACUGUGAAAUUUUUUGUGGAUGGCAGCAGGGAAGAUCCCAUUGACUGCAAAGGAGUCAGACAGGCCUCAGCCUUUAUUACGUGGGUAAAAAGAAGAACAGGACCUAGCACUGUUUUAAUCAAUUCUACUGAUCAGGCUGAAGCAAUCAUAAAUGCUGAUGAUUUGGCAGUGAUUGGCUUUUUUAAGGAACUUCACAACAACAGUGUGGAUGUAUUCUGUGAGACAGCAAGAGAUGUGCCAGAGAUGUCUUUUGGGAUGACAGACAGCGAGGACGUCCAUGCUAACUAUGGCAUCCAAAAGAACAGUCUUGUUGUGUUUAAGAAGACAUCUGUGAAGAUUUUUGAUGUCCCUGUUGAAAAUCACAUCCUGCUGUUCACCCCAACGAACUCGAAUACAUUCAAUACAAUUUAUGAAAACUACAGAUCUGCUGCUGUGGAAUUUAGAGGAAAGAUCAUAUUUGUCUUGGUGGAUACCAAUGAAACACGGAAUGGACGAAUUUUUGAGUAUUUUCUCAUCAGGGACAUUGAUGUUCCUGCUGUGAGGAUCCUAAAUCUGACAAGCCAUGCAAAGUACAAAAUGCCUGCAGAUGAGGUGACUGUGGAGAACCUAAAAGAAUUUUGCCAGAGCUACCUAAAUGGAAAAGCAAAGCCACAUCUCUCCAGUGAAGAAAUUCCAGAGGACUGGGACAAAGUGCCUGUCAAAGUGCUUGUUGGGAAGAAUUUCAACAGAAUCGUCUUCAAUAAGACCAUGACCGUGUUUGUUAUGUUUUAUGCCCCUUGGUCCUAUGACUGCAGAAAGCUCCUGCCAAUCUGGGAUAAGCUUGGAGAGCAAUAUGAAAGUCACAAAGACAUAAUCAUUGCAAAGAUAGAUGUCACAGCAAACGACAUCCUGACUGUUGGACUAGAUCGCUAUCCAUUCUUCAGACUCUUUCCUGCUGGACCAGACUACCAGGUGGCCUAUGCUGGAGAACAUACCUUGGAGGCAUUUUCUGAAUUCUUAGAAGAACAAAGCAAGGCAAAAGCAGAACCAGGAGAGAAAGAUCCUUCAGGAGGAAUCAAAGAGGAUCUCAGCCAAAAAGAGACGGUAAUAACAGAAAAAGAAGAACUGUAA